AUGUCAUUCUUAUCAACCACCACUCGUGCUUUACGUACCCAAGCUUCAAGAGCUCCAUUAUUAUACAGAACCAAAGUCACUUUACCAGACUUGGAUUACGAUUAUGGUGCUUUAGAACCAUACAUCUCUGGUCAAAUUAAUGAAUUACAUCACAAAAAACAUCAUCAAACAUAUGUCAAUGGUUACAAUGCUGCAAUUGAACAACAUGCCGAAGCUACUGAAAAAGGUGACGUCUUGAAAACAAUUGAAUUGACUCAACAUAUCAAAUUCCAUGGUGGUGGUUUCAGAAACCAUUCUUUAUUCUGGAAAAACUUGGCUCCAACCUCUCAAGGUGGUGGUGAAUUACCAAGCGGUGAAUUAGCUUCCAAGAUUGAAGAACAAUAUGGCUCAAUUGAUAAGUUAAUUGGUUUAACCAAUUCUAAAUUAGCCGGUGUUCAAGGUUCAGGUUGGGCAUUCAUUGCUAAAAACAAUGAAAAUGGUGCUAUUGAAGUUGUUCAAACUUAUAACCAAGAUACUUUAGGUUCCAAAUACACUCCAUUAAUUGCCAUUGAUGCUUGGGAACAUGCCUACUACUUGGAAUACCAAAACGUUAAAGCUGAUUACUUCAAAGCUAUCUGGAACGUUAUCAACUGGAAAGAAGCUGAAAGAAGAUUUGCUAGUGCUUAA